CGACGCGACUUCGCCUCUCAUCGACUUGAACGACUUCGGUACGGCAAGCACAAGGUGAGCAUUGCAGAGCGUUGCAGGAGCGAAGGACGUUGAGAGCACGACGCUAGGGGGGAAACUGUGCCGCAGAAAGAGGAACAAAAGGAAACCAGAAGAGAAGGGAGGAUUAGGAUUACCUUGCUGACUCGAUAUCACAGUCAAUCGCCCUCAAUACCACAACAUGUCGACCGCUCCCGCCGUGUCUUGCUUCGGCAAGAAGAAGACGGCCACCGCUGUGGCCUACUGCAAGGAGGGCAAGGGACUGAUCCGCGUCAACGGUCAGCCCAUCACCCUCAUUGAGCCCGAGAACUUGCGCUGGAAGAUCUACGAGCCUGUGCUCGUUGUGGGAGAGGACAAGUUCUCCAAGGUUGACAUCCGCUGCCGCGUCUCGGGUGGUGGUCACGUCUCGCAGGUCUACGCUCUCCGCCAGGCCAUCUCCAAGGCCCUCGUCGCUUACUUUGCCAAGUACUACGACGCCAGCUCGGCCCUCGAGCUCCGUCAGACCCUCGUUGCCUACGACCGAACCCUUCUCAUUGCCGACCCCAGGAGGAUGGAGCCCAAGAAGUUCGGCGGUCACGGUGCCAGGGCACGCAGGCAAAAGUCGUACCGAUAAGCUGUUUCACUAUUCGGGCUCAGGCGGGGAAAGUCCACCUACGGCAGCGAGGAUCGAGGAGCUUCGUUCGUCUGUCGGUGGAUAUGCUUCGCCCAGCAUGCACAUCGUCGUCAUCAUCUCUUUCUCAUGAUCCACAUGUAGUACUUUUUUUCAACACAACACCCAAAAAGCGAAUGCAAGCUCGGC